AUGAGCGCCAUCCCCUCAACAGACGCCGAAUGGGCGGAGAAGAUAGCCAACAUGAAGCAGCAGCUGCCCAGACGUUCACUGUCCCAGGCGCCAAUUCCAACACAAAUCCACCGCACAAUAGACCACACCCUCCUAGCGACUCCAAUCGAUCCUUCACAGAUCGACACCCUGUGCAAAGAAGCUCUUGAAUACGACUUCGCUGCCGUAUGCGUGCGAUUGGAGCACGUUGCCCGCGCCGCAAGUCACGUCAAGGGCACCAAUACAGCGCUCGCAUGCGUGGUCGGCUUCCCCGAGGGCACGCACCCAACAGCCGAGAAAGUUCGCGAAGCGAAAGAGGCCGUUGCGCAGGGCGCCACAGAACUUGACAUGGUGAUCAGGUACCCUCUGCUGAAGGAGGGUCGGUACACGGAAGUGUACGAGGAUGUUCUUGCGGUGCGCAAAGCCGCGCCGGCGCCGGUUACCCUCAAGGCGAUUAUAGAGGCGUCUCUGCUUGAUGACGCACAGAUCCUCGCUGCGACGAUCGUGUCGUGCUUGGCUGGUGCGGACUAUGUCAAGACUAGCACGGGCUGGAAUGGCGGUGCCACUGUUGACCAGGUUAGGUCUAUGCGCUUGGCGGCGGAUAUGUGUGGGUGCUCUUGCUUGAUCAAGGCUAGUGGCGGUAUACGCAAUGCUGAGGCUCUGUUGCGCAUGCUUAAGGCUGGAGCGUUCCGCAUUGGAACUAGUGCUGGGACUAGUAUUAUGAAAGAGAUUGAUGAGGGAGAGAUUCUGGAACAGGGAUGUGGUCAUGCGGUGGCUUGA